GCUAUCAACAAUGGCGGCGUUAGCACGGAACAGCUGCAGGUUCUUGGGUGGCUUGAAAACGUCUUUCAGAAGUUUGACACGAGUAAAACAUGGCGUCGUUCUCGAUGCAGCGCCUCGGACGAGUCCGCAGCCGAAUUGCCGGUGGUAUGCCGUCAGUCAUUUGACGGUACAGGAGCGAAUUGACCAGAAACGGAAGGCAGCGCUAGUCGGUGGAGGUCAGAAGAGGAUUGAUGCACAGCAUAAACGGGGUAAGCUGACAGCCAGGGAGCGAGUGCAGCUGCUCCUGGAUCCUGAUUCCUUUGUAGAGUAUGACAUGUUUGUGGAACACCGCUGCUCCGACUUUGGAAUGGAGCAAGACAGAAACAAGUUUCCAGGUGACAGUGUUGUGACUGGACAGGGCAGGAUCAAUGGCAGGCUGGUCUAUGUUUUCAGUCAGGACUUCACAGUGUUUGGAGGUAGUCUGUCUGGAGCACAUGCACAGAAGAUCUGUAAGAUCAUGGACCAGGCCAUGAUGGUGGGAGCUCCAGUCAUUGGGCUGAACGACUCUGGAGGAGCCAGGAUUCAGGAGGGAGUGGAGUCUCUAGCUGGAUAUGCAGAUAUAUUCCUGAGGAAUGUGAUGGCUUCAGGUGUCGUGCCUCAGAUCUCCCUCAUCAUGGGUCCCUGUGCCGGAGGGGCUGUCUAUUCCCCUGCCCUAACUGACUUCACCUUCAUGGUCAAGGACACAUCGUACCUGUUCAUCACAGGGCCUGACGUUGUGAAGUCGGUCACCAACGAGGAUGUGACUCAGGAGGAGCUAGGAGGAGCAAAGACUCACACUGCUGUGUCCGGUGUGGCGCACCAUGCAUUCGAGAAUGAUGUUGACGCUCUGCUCAACCUCCGGGAUUUUUUCAACUUCCUUCCUCUUAGCAACCUCGAUCCCGCCCCCGUCACUGAGUGCCACGACCCAAGUGAUCGUCUGGUACCAGGACUGGACACCAUCGUCCCAGUGGAGUCAACUAAAGCCUAUGACAUGUUGGACAUCAUUCAAGGGAUUGCAGAUGAGGGAGACUUCUUUGAAAUCAUGCCCGCCUAUGCUAAGAACAUUGUGGUGGGAUUUGCACGCAUGAAUGGACGCACUGUGGGCAUUGUGGGUAACCAGCCUAAGGUGGCAUCAGGUUGUUUGGACAUCAACUCUUCAGUUAAAGGGGCCCGCUUUGUACGCUUCUGUGAUGCUUUCAACAUUCCCAUCAUCACUUUUGUGGACGUCCCAGGAUUCCUACCAGGUACUGCCCAGGAGUAUGGAGGCAUCAUCAGACAUGGAGCCAAACUGUUGUUUGCCUUCGCAGAGGCUACUGUCCCCAAGAUCACCAUCAUCACCAGAAAGGCUUAUGGAGGAGCCUAUGAUGUCAUGAGUUCCAAGCACUUGAGAGGUGACGUGAACUACGCCUGGCCCACCGCCGAGGUUGCAGUCAUGGGUGCCAAGGGUGCUGUCCAGAUCAUCUUCCGAGGGAAGAACAACCAGGCUGAGGCAGAAGCUGAAUAUGUAGACAAGUUUGCCAACCCCUUCCCUGCUGCUGUCAGAGGUUUUGUGGAUGACAUCAUCAAACCAUCGACAACUCGCAAGAGGAUCUGCCGAGAUCUGGAGGUGCUGACCAGCAAGAAGCAGGUCAACCCCUGGAAGAAACAUGCCAAUAUUCCUCUCUAAAACGCAGCCACAUACCUGAACACGCUGGUUCAAGACAGUUGAUACCUGGUGUGGGACUUCCACUUACUCUGAAAGUCGAAAUAAGCUGGAACAGUAGACUUUGGUUCUGAGUGGUGUUUUUCCUGCUACCUUCCAGGGAGUGGCUUUCCGUUUGCGUAUUUGAUCACGUGCCACCCCAGUUUCCUUCCAAAACGUCUAUUAUCACUCCACAGGAAAGUAGCUGGGAAUAAAUCACUACCACAGAGACUUCCACAAAAGCUACUUGGUUAAUAAUGUUUGCCAUUUUUCUAUCCUCUGAUAGUCCCAUGGUGGCCAUAUUGGUCAUGUAGUGUAUGUGACAACAUCAUUGUGAGGACGAGGUUGUGUCUGAUAGCACCGCCUAUUUCUUACACCAAACUGACACUACAGUCCUCUAUAAAUUGAACAUUAAUAUAUGUUUUCAUGUAAUCUGUUUAAAAUCUUAUUUUCUGAGUUUUUUUUUCCCCCAACUUCAGUCUUUUCUGAGGUACGACACUGGAAAUGCCCGCUACAUGUGGGCCCCAGCUUUCAGACACCAGUGCGGUCUCCGAGUGUGUUGUUGUUUAUGAGGAUCCAAGAGAAACAAACACAUUGUCAUAACCUGGAAUGGUGCCUUCCUCACUGUCUGGCUGUAUACUGCAAGUUUGUAAAAUAAAUCAGCUGGACACGAAGAUUACAUCAUGUGUUUUCUUUAGUUCUGUGGUUGCAGUUACUCCUAAUACGAUGCACAUUUCCACUUCCCUGUUUACGGCUUUUAACCGAUUUAACGGGUUCAGCAGAUCUGCUCUAUAUAAGCUUAAUCUGGGAUGAAAUGAGACGUUUUGAGUUAUCUUUCUGUGUUAACUUGUUUGUGUGAACUGAAACAUUCGCAACACUGAAUGUCCUCUGCAAAAAUUGAGUCAUUAAAAUG